UGACCGUAACCGUCGGUUGAAGGUUGCAUACUGACCUGACUCACUGACCCCGACCCAGUUCUGUCGUCGGGUUGAGCUAGUGUCCUAGUACCACUCGGGGAUGUCGCGAGUCGCGGCUACAGGACGGUAUUCAGAUAUUUUUGAUGUUGCAGAGCCCUUUAUCUCGGUUCCCUUAAGACAUUGGUGUAUAUGGUACUAAGAAAAAUUGCUUAUGUUUUCAAUAUCUACACGUCGUGUAAAGGAAAACCCCAACUUUUCGGACACCCUGUAUAUUGAUUGAUGCUUCAGUUUGGCAGACGAUUGAUGUAAAUCAAAAAAGAAUCGGUCCUAAGGCACUUCUUUGGAGAGCUCGUAUUGUCUCCUGUUUGAUAAAUAAGAUCCAAUUAAGGACAGGUUGUUAAUACUAAAACCAUUCAGCGAUAACUUUUGAACGAAAAUGGGAUGUUGGACGCAGUCAAAUGCUUUUGUAAGUUCAUAGAAGCUAGUUAGAGCGAACACGUUAUCUAAUAGAAAGAAGAAGACAUUGAGGUGUCAGUCAUCACAGGGUUAUAAACCGCUUACUGACCCAAGCUUUCUUGGAACGCAAAAAGUUUUAAUGAGAAUCUGCAAUUGCCAGGAAUUUAUUAGGUGACUUGAAAAAUGUGCUCGCAUACAAAAGGGCGUUGUUGGUAUACAAAAACAUGUUGCUUUGCUGGAGCACUAGACAUUACCAGUUUCAAGAUGAUCUGGAGAGGAAGUAUUCGCGAACAUUUUAUAGAAUAAGGUCUGUCUGUCUGUCUCAAUUGUAUAUGGUAGCAUUUAACGACCAGACAACAAUAGAAUCAUUUCAGCAUGAAAACUACAGGACAAGCUUCACGUAUUACGUCAAAUUUGGCGUCAAAUACUUAAAAAAAUGGAUGAUGCAUUUUUCCUCAACUCAUGUUUUAGAACAUGUCCACAUAAUGCAUGCUGAUGGAUAAUGCAGUCGUAACAGAGAAAUUGCGGAAAACUUUCCUCUUUACGACAUAACCCCACGAGACCCUUAUCACUACCCACCGUAGCUGGAGCGCCAUCGGUUGUCAAGCCUACGAUCUUCGCUAUUGGAGUUUUCUCAGAAGCAAUAAUAUUUUCAAAAGAGGAAAACAAGUCCUGCCCAGUAGUAUGUCAUUUAGUG